AUGGCGCAAACGAAAGACCAAAGCCUCAAGGACUACAUGGAAAAGUUCAAGACGAUCGUUUCCCGAGUCGACGUCCCCGAUCACAUCGCUAUCGACGCUUUGAUGAACACUCUCCUCGUCAACUCGAAGUUUCGUAAGGACCUGUAUUCCAACCCUACGACUUCACUCCCUGAUGCUAUCGCCCGAUCUCACAACUUCAUCCGAAUGGAAGAAGAUACCAAGGCGAUAAUUCGAAAGCAGAACGCCGCCAAGCCUGCUGCAGCCAAGAGUGCGGGUGCUCGGACCGAGCCACGCCAGCACGCACCAGCGAGAGACCGACUCUCCCGAUGCGUCUCCCAGUACCCCGAGUGCUGGUACCGUGUGGCUAAAGUCGAUUCGGCGACGGGACCGACUAGAACGCCCAUCGAUCUUACGAAGCAUUGCAAGUAUCACGACGUCAAGGGACACGACACGACCGAGUGCAAAUCUCUCUACGCCCAGUUCCUCUCCUCGAUCGAAAGCGGAGAUUACAAGAUCCAGCCGCCAAAACCCAAGCCAAAAGGAGAAAACAGCUGGAGCAGGAACAAAGACAAGAAGGCUCAGCGAAAAUCGCAGGGCAAAAACCGUAAAAACGACAAACAGUCGAAAGAUACGGAGAAAGCUGCCCGAGAAACCGACGAUGACGACGACUCGGCAGAUGACGAUCAGCCGACCAAUCGCCAGCGCAUCGAAUUCCGACCCACUACCGUAGAAACACCGGCCUCCACCGAUCUCCGCCUACAGAUCAACUCAAAUCGAGCCGCGAGAACUUCAGCACAAGAGUCCUCUCACCAGCAGCCCGCUGAAAAGCCGAACUGCGAUUUGCGAGACAAACUCAACGCGAAGAUCGGUGAUCUGCGGACAACCCUCAACCGCAAGAAAAGGGAUACUGCCGAAACGAGUAACGACCUUCGCGACACCCUCCGUGCAAGGCGCGCACAGGCUCGUCCCCGAAUAAAUGUUAUCAUGGGUGGAUCACCCCCUUGCGGUGAUUCGGUUAGAGCAGUCAAGGACCAUAGAAGGCAAGCCACCACUUCCCAACGAUGGCCCCAGAAGCAAGUAGACGAUCAGCCGAUUAUCUUUUCGUCUGACGAUACAUUCGGCGUGCACCUUCCUCAUAACGAUCCUUUACUCGUCGUGCUCGGUGUCGACAAGUACGACGUCACUAAAGUUCUUAUCGAUACCGGGAGCUCUGUCGAUAUCAUCUUUCGCGAAACUCUCGUGAAAAUGGGAAUCGAUCUCAACGACGUCAAGCCUUCUACUCGGACCCUGACAGGAUUCAACGGCUCGUCAGAGGUAAUCGCAGGCACGAUCCGCCUCUCGGUUCAUGCAUGCGGAGUCACGCGAACGGUCAAGUUCUCUGUGGUUGGCUCCAAAGCUCCUUACCACGUUAUACUUGGCACCCCAUGGCUACAUUCGAUGCGAGCAAUCACAUCAACGUACCAUCAGUGUGUUAAGUUCCCAGGAUCAGACGGAUCGAUCAAGACUCUGAAAGGCGACCAGCAGGCUGCGCGAGAUCUCCUAAUCGCCACGGUUAAAAUUCAGCGCUCCCAGUCACUCGUCAACUCAGUCUCUCCUCCCGCGAGCAAAGUUUGUCCACAAAAGGAGGAAGUUCUGGAAGUACCAGUUGACGACUCGGACCCGAGCAAAUCUGUCCGAGUAGGCGCAUUUCUACCCGACGAGAUGCAACAGAAGAUCCUCGAGUUCCUUAAGCAGAACCUGUCCUCAUUCGCCUGGACGAUGUCCGAUAUGAAAGGAAUCGAUCCAGCUAUCACGACUCACGAACUCAAUGUCGACCCCAACUUCAAGCCCAUCCGACAGAAGAGAAGAAAGUUGGGACCGGAGCGGUCUAAAGCAGUCGCAGAAGAAGUUGAGCGUCUACUCGGCGCCGGCUCGAUCACCGAAGUUCGUUACCCGGAAUGCUAUCCGUUACCUAGCAUCGAUCGCCUAGUCGAAUCGACGGCCGGUAACGAGAUGUUGACGUUUAUGGAUGCCUUCUCGGGCUACAACCAGAUCCUAAUGCAUCCGGACGACCGGGAGAAAACUGCUUUCAUCACUGAUCGGGGAACCUACUGUUAUAAGGUGAUGCCAUUCGGGUUGAAAAACGCUGGAGCAACCUACCAGCGGCUUGUCAACCGGAUGUUCGCCGACCAGCUUGGGAAGACAAUGGAAGUCUAUAUCGACGACAUGCUCGUCAAAUCCCUCCGAGCCGACAACCACUUAGCACACUUAAAGGAAUGCUUCGCAAUCCUAAACAAGUACGGGAUGAAGUUGAAUCCCGCAAAGUGCACCUUUGGCGUCUCCUCGGGUGAAUUCCUUGGUUACAUUGUCACGCAACGAGGAAUAGAAGCUAACCCGAAACAGAUCUCAGCAGUCCUAAAUCUCCCCAGUCCGAGAAACUGCCGUGAGGUGCAGAGACUAACAGGACGCAUCGCCGCACUUAAUCGCUUUAUCUCCCGAUCUACUGACAAGUGUCUCCCCUUCUAUGAUCUCCUCCGAGGGAACAAGAAGUUCAUCUGGGACGACAAAUGCGAGGAUGCAUUCGUUCAACUCAAGCAGUACUUGAUGACUCCUCCCGUCUUGGCCAAACCGGACGUAGGAGACGUCCUCUCUCUCUAUAUCGCUGUCUCCUCAGCGGCUGUCAGUAGCGUCCUAAUCAAAGAGGACCGUGGCGAGCAACGUCCGAUAUUUUACACGAGCAGACGGAUGACCGGUCCGGAGACCAGAUACCCAACCCUCGAUAAACUGGCUCUGGCCGUCGUUGAUUCUGCAAGGAAAUUACGACCCUACUUCCAAUCACACUCUAUUGAAGUGUUGACCGACCAACCGCUCCGCACUGUCCUGCAAAAUCCCAACAGAGCCGGCCGGUUGACUAAGUGGGCAAUCGAGCUAAGCGAGCUUGAUAUUACGUACAAAUGCCGAACAGCCGCCAAAUCUCAGGUCCUCGCCGACUUCCUUGUCGAGCUCACACCAGAUCUUGCACAAGACCUCGACGUCCCAAGCCCCAAUUGGAUUCUUCAUGUCGAUGGAUCAUCAACAAGCAAAGGAUCCGGUGCGGGAGUCCAGCUUCAAUCGCCGACGGGAGAACUCAUUCGCCAGUCUUUCAGUUUCGGCUUUCCGGCCUCUAACAACGAAGCAGAGUACGAGUCGUUGAUCGCCGGUCUCCGUCUCGCCCAAGCCGUCAAAUCCAAACGCUUGAGUGCUUAUUGCGACUCACAGCUCGUCGCUAGCCAGUUCAGCGGCGACUAUGAUGCUCGCAAUGAUAGAAUGGAUGCGUAUCUCCGGGUGGUUCAGGGGCUUGCUAGGGAAUUCGAUUUCUUCGAACUCACCAAGGUUCCCCGAGGAGAGAACGUUUGCGCCGACGCCUUAGCCGCACUCGGGAGCAAACUCCACGACCAGGUCAGGAGGACGAUACCCAUACACCGAAUUGAUCGACCGAGCAUCGAUCCUGCUUCCGACGAAAGCCUUCCCAUCGCUCCAAUCUUUGCGACAACGAGACAAUCCACCACCGAUCAAGCUGACACUGAGAUGCCCGAUCAUGACGACACCCCAGUCGAUUGGCGAGCCAAGUUCCUAGAUUAUCUCAUACGUGAAGAACUGCCAAAAGAUAAGUGGGCAGCGAGACGCCUGAAGAGACGCAGCGCCCACUACGUCAUCAUGAACGACGAACUUCACCGAGUAACCGCGAACAAGGUCCUCUUAAAGUGCAUCCAGGGCGAUGAAGUGCGACGAGUAAUGGCUGAAACUCACGACGGAGCAGGAGGAAACCACUCGGGAGGCCGAGCUCUUGCCCUUAAAGUUCGAAGCCUGGGAUUCUUUUGGCCAUCUAUGAAUACCGACUGCGAAGCAUACGCCCGUCGGUGUGACAAAUGCCAGCGUCACGCUCCGAGCAUCCACAGUCCCACCGAGCUGUUGCGGACAUCUGCCGCCCCUUAUCCGUUCAUGCGGUGGGGGAUGGACAUCAUCGGGCCAAUGCCGAACUCACGCCAACGUCGUUUCAUCCUGGUCCUCACCGAUUACUUCACUAAAUGGAUUGAAGCUGAAGCAUUCUCUCAGGUAACAGACAAGGAAGUCCGCACCUUCGUCUGGAAGAACAUCAUCUGCCGCCAUGGUUUACCAUACGAGAUCAUAACGGACAAUGGCUCUCAGUUCAUGUCCGGAAACUUCAAAGAGUUCUGCAACAAGUGGAAUAUCCGCCUAAGCCCUUCAACUCCCCGAUACCCGCAAGGAAACGGACAGGCGGAAUCCUCCAACAAGAUUAUCAUCGAUGGAAUCAAGAAGCGACUCGACCUAAAGAAAGGCCAUUGGGCCGACGAACUGGACGGUGUCCUCUGGUCGCACCGAACGACUCCUCGUGGUGCGACCAAAUCCACCCCUUUUUCUCUUGCUUACGGGAUGGAAGCAAUGGCCCCCGCUGAAGUUAACGUGACAAGUCUUCGGCGCGUCAAGAUGCCGCAGUUCGUCGAACUUAAUCAAGAUAUGCUCCUCGAUGCCCUUGAUGAACUCGAGGAGAAACGAGAUCAGGCGCUUCUUCGGAUCCAAAAUUACCAGAACCAGAUCGAGAGCUACUAUAAUAAGAAGGUAAAAGCGCGCCCUCUCGAGCUCGGUGACCUCGUCCUCCGAAAAGUGUUCGACAACACAAAGGAGCUCAACGCUGGAAAGCUAGGGACCAAUUGGGAGGGACCUUACAAGAUCACUCGGGUCGUUAGACCCGGCGUCUACCGACUCGAGACUUCCCGCGGAGAGGCAGUCCCACGAGCCUGGAACUCGAUGCAUCUUCGCCUCUUCUACCAAUAG